AUGAACAGUGAUUCGACGGCGAAAAUUGCCACUAGCCUCGCUAAAACAGAGAGUGGAAAAACUCCGAAGCAACUCCAGUGCCCGCCCGAAUGCCCAACCAGGACUAUAGUCAACCAUUACGCAUAUCUUUCCGUUGAGCUGGAGGAACAGCCGCUGAUGUCCAGUGGGAGCCAUUGUUCUUCCGGGCCAAACUAG